AUGGCCAAGUUCAACAGCCCCGUUCAUUCCUUCAUCCAGGUUCUUGCAGCCCUACCAUUCUUCUCAGCCAUGGCAGCCGCAACUACACCUCUCAGCAACACGCAGCUGAUCCCUGCCAACACCAUCACCGCCUGUUACGACAGCGACGCCAACUCUUUACUUCUCUAUGCCUCCGGCACACAUGUCGACAUCACCAAAGACAUUGCCUUUGUCCAAAAGCCCCUCGAUGGCGGGCUUCUCUUUGCCCUCCAGGGUCAAGUUGGUCCCGUCACCAAUGGGCAGUCCUACUACGAAAUCACGGACAAUUUCGACAUUGAGCUUCCCAGCAUGGUCUAUCCAUCUGACACCGUGGUUAUCGACACUGAGAACCAUAAACAAUGGAUCGUUGAUAUUUUGUACAGUGACGAUGGUUGCGCCAGCAUGCAUGGGAUCUAG